UCUGUUUUAAUGUUGGUACAACGCAUGGUGUCUUACUAGUGGUGACAGAUAAUAGCCGAAAUAAUUUAACUUCUGUUGUGAGUGUGAUUUUUAAGAAGGCGUUGGUACUUGUUUCGCAAAUUUCGGAAGUACCCGACUUUGUCUGUGAUCAAGAAUUGUCGGGAAGAAAUAUAACGAAACUACGACCUCAAAAUUCUGCAGUUGUUUAAAACAAACUUUCUUGGGAAAAAAAUUAAACAGAUAUACAACAUAAUGGAAAAUCUCGCCGGUCUAAUGAACGCAUGCCCCGAUCCAACACCGGGCGUCUCUGCCCAUCUCUUCCUCACUCUAGUCAAUACCCUCACAAACGCUAAAUGCAAAAUCAACUCUCCGCAAAACUACCCCGAAGACUUCAGCUCCAAAUUGAACGACCAAGAUGAAUUCGAUUUCGUAAUCAUAGGUGGUGGAUCUGCAGGAUCUGUAAUUGCUAACAAACUAUCAGAAAAUCCAAAGUGGAAAAUUCUAGUGCUGGAAGCCGGAAAAAUACCAUCAUUAGAUACAGAGUUACCAAGUCUUCUCUUCAGUCUUCAACAAACCGCCGAAGACUGGCAAUACGACACUGAACCAAACCCCAACGCUUGUCUGGGUAUAAAAGGCAAUAGAUGUAGAUGGCCUCGUGGUAAAUGCCUAGGUGGUUCUAGUUCUAUCAAUGCUAAUCUGUACGUCCGAGCAAAUAAGAAAGAUUUUGACCUAUGGGCAGCUGCUGGUAACGAAGGAUGGGACUAUGAAUCAAUUCUCAAAUAUUUAAAAGAAAUAGAAGAUCUGCAAGCGCCAGAUCUGAUUAAUUCAGAGAAUUAUGGACGUGGUGGUUAUCUUCCGCUCAAUGUAUAUCAUUCGAACGAACCUAUCAAAAAAGCAAUUGUAGAAGCUGCUGCUUCCUUGGGUUAUCCAAUGUCGUCGGAAGAACCAAAUUUGGGAUUUUUUGAUGCUUUACAGACUGUUGAAAAAGGUAUCAGGGCAAAUGCUGGAAAAGCUUUUAUUGGAAGAGUAAAAGACAGGGAGAACCUGGUAGUUGCUUUGAAUUCUUUCGUUGAAAAAAUUGUGAUAAACGAGCAAAAAGAGGUUCAGGGAGUUGUAGUUCUUAUUGAUAACAAGAGAAUUACCAUUAAAGUUCGCAAAGAAGUCAUUGUGUCAGCAGGGAGUCUAAAUAGUCCACAGAUUUUGAUGUUGUCAGGAGUUGGACCCAAGGAACACUUGAAAAAGAUUGGAAUUGAUAUAGUACAGGAUUUACCAGUGGGAGAAAAUCUACAAGAUCAUGCCGCCCACGUGGGUAUUUACAUAGCACUAUCAGAUGAAGCUGUCCUACCGAAAGGUAACAUAAUAGAUGAUUUGUACCAAUAUUUCAUGCAAGGUAAAGGACCUGUUGGUGAAAUUGGAUUAACAAAUUUCAUGGGAUUUAUUAACACAAGAAAUGAUUCGAUCUACCCCAAUAUUCAAAUACUCCACGUACUGUUUGACAAAAACGACAAUUAUCUCCUCCCAACCCUUCAAAACGUGAUGGGUUUGAAAGACGAGAUAACGUCGAUUGAGAGACAAGUGAAUCAGAAAUCGCCAACUUUGAAAAUUGUUCCUAUUCUUUCAAACCCCAAAUCGAGAGGGCGAAUUCAGCUAAGAUCCAAAAAUCCUUUCGAUAAACCUUUGAUCUACGCCAAUUAUUUUGAUAACCCAGAAGAUAUUGAAACCCUUCUCGGAGGCAUCAAAUUUAUCCUCAAGCUACUAGAAACCGCACCGGUUAACAAGUUAAACCCCCAAGUAAUCGAUCUUCAAAUUCCUGGAUGUGAGACGUUCGAGUUCAAAUCGGACGAUUUUUGGCGGUGUGCUAUCAAACACGUGACAACUACUCUGUAUCAUCCCGUUGGUAGUUGUAAGAUGGGUUUGUUGAGUGAUAAGGGCGUCGUUGAUAAUAGGUUGAAGGUCUAUGGAAUUAAGAAUCUGAGAGUGAUUGAUGCGUCUAUUAUGCCUACCGUGACAACGGGAAAUACGAAUGCUCCUUCUUUGAUGAUUGGUCAAAAAGGGGCAAGUAUGAUUGUGGAUGAUUGGAGCCACGGUCAUAGCGAACUGUAGAACUGUUGACAUUUAUUAUGCUGUUGUAUGUGUUGUGAAGGUUAUUAAAUCUAAUAAGGUGGA